AUGCCUCAAAGAAGAGGCCGACAUUUCGACUCCGAUUCAAUGGAUCUUGAUCCUCCUAUCGGCGCUGAGCAGUUUUUGGCCGACGAACAGAUUCGCGAUGACUUUGAAGAACUACCAACUUCCACGGCUAGACGAAGAAAAGGCCGCAUGCCAAAGAGGACAGACGCUGGAUACCAAGACGCGACAAUUGCGAUGGAUAUCUACAUGAGCGCCCAAGAAAACCUGACAGAUGCUGAAUCAACCAGGCGUGAUCUUUCCGAGCGCAAGACAACAGCUCGGAAAUGGGUACAGCUUGCCGGGCCGUCGCCGUUCCUGCUGCUGACUUACUCUAACACAGCUGAAAUGAUAAUUGAGAAAUCAUUCAAGAUCGAACAGCCAUCGCUGCACGAUCUUGCGUCAGAGGCAAUACGAGAUAUGCCUCCCCGACUUUUCCAUGCAUCCGUGCGCAUUGCCGACGUCAUGGCCGAAGCCGGAAACUCCGAGGUUAAUGUGAGCAACAUCAUCAUACAGCUCCAACGUUAUCUUGCUAGUUAG